AUUGAAAGCUUGAACACGAUUGAAAUACAGCUUUGCAAAUUCCCUUUUCACUAGAUUGCUGUAUAUAACCUGGGCUUUUGCAUACAAGGUUAGAGAAGAAGACCUAGCAUUUCGAUGGCCUCUGAGUCGACUGAAACAGGCACGGCUGAACCGAAGCUGCAGUUUGCACCUUUCUGCAGUGCCCUGGAAGCCGGCUUCUGGCAUCAGCUCACUCAGAAGAAACUCGACGACUACAGACUUGACGAAAGCCCUAAAAACAUCAAAGGUUACUACUACAAUGGUGAUCCAGUCGGCCUCCCCACUCGCCUGACUUUGGAGUUCAGUGCGUUUGACGUAGAUGGCCCCACCCCUGCCCGCUGCUGCCCAGCUGUGGGCACCCUGUACAACAUGAACACAUUAGAGGCCUUUAAAUCAUCUGAUAAGAAGGCUCUGCUGGAGAAAGAAGCAAAAGAGAUAUGGGAUGCAGUCCAGUCUGGAGUUGCUCUGAAGGAUCCCUCCGUUCUCUGCAGAUUCAUUUUGCUGACUUUUGCGGAUUUGAAGAAAUACCACUUCUACUACUGGUUCUGCUUCCCAGCACUUUGCUUCUCUGAUCCAAUCAGGCUGCUGCAAGCGCCCACCUCGCUAGAGCAGGCGUUCUCUCAUAAGCAGAUCACAGCUUUGCAAGUGGCCUACGAUGCUCUCUGCACCGACAGUGGGACCACUGCAGUUCCCUACUUCCUGGUCAAGUACAGUGCCGAAACCGUCCAAGUGGCCACGCUAGCCAACUGGGACACGUUCUUCACAGAUCUGAAGAAGGUAACUGUAGGCGUUUAUGAUCCAUGUUCUCUUUCCCAACAUCCUGGAUGGCCUCUGAGGAAUCUGUUGAUUCUUAUUGCAAGUCGAUGGGGAGCGCAGCUGGAUGUGGUGGAGAUUCUCUGCUUUAGGGACAGAACUCUUCAGGGCACUCGAGCCGUUCAGCACAGCAUCCUCUUUCAGGUCAAGCUUCCGGUGCUUUCCAUCCAAACAGGAUGUCCCAAGAGCGUGGGCUGGGAGAAGAACCCCAAGGGGGCCAUGGGCCCCCGGAUGGUGAACCUCAGUGAGUGCAUGGACCCCAAAAGACUGGCAGAGUCGUCCGUGGACCUGAACCUGAAGCUGAUGCGCUGGAGGCUGGUCCCGUCUCUGGACCUGGACAAGGUGGUGUCCACCAAGUGUCUGCUGCUGGGGGCCGGCACCCUGGGCUGCAACGUGGCCAGGACUCUCAUGGGCUGGGGGGUGAGACACAUCACUUUUGUCGACAACGCCAAAAUCUCCUACUCCAACCCGGUGCGCCAGCCCCUGUAUGAGUUUGAGGACUGUCUGGCUGGGGGGAAGUCCAAGGCCAUGGCAGCAGUGGAGAAGCUGGGCAAGAUCUUCCCUGGAGUGACCGCCGAGGGCUUCAACAUGAGCAUCCCGAUGCCGGGACAUCCCGUCAACUUCUCGGAGGAGACGAUGGCCCAGGCCCGGCGCGACGUGGAGCACCUGGAGACGCUCAUCUCCCAGCACGACGUGGUCUUCCUGCUGAUGGACACCCGCGAGAGCCGCUGGCUGCCCACCGUCAUCGCCGCCAGCAAGAGGAAGCUGGUCAUGAACGCAGCCCUGGGCUUCGACACCUUCGUGGUGAUGAGACACGGCCUGAAGAGCUCCAGUCCCGCCGAGCCGGGAGACUCCGCCUCCUCCUCCACGCCCUCGUCCUGCGCCGCCACUCCCGCCAGCUCCGCCCCCGUCACUGGCUCCUCCCUGUUCUCCAACAUCCCGGGCCACAAGCUGGGCUGUUACUUCUGCAUGCUCGCUAAAUCCCUGGAGCGCCUCAAUGUCAGAGAUUUUUUACGCACAAGAUCAGCCUUCCAAAUGCGUCUCUAG